AUGAACUCCUCUACAAACAGAGAAAAAGACACGGAGAGUGACGUUGUCACAAACGCUCACAGCAAAUAUGAGCAGAAAAGCUACGGUGUGAGACGGACGGAAGCCCUGAACAAGCACUACAACGUUUGGUACGGAAAAGUUGCAAUUUUCUUUUCUAUCUUCCUGGUUGCUUAUGCUUACGGUCUUGACGGACAAAUCAGAUAUACUUACCAAUCGUACGCUACAUCUUCUUAUGCCAAACACUCGCUGCUUUCUACUGUCACUGUCGUGCGUUCGGUGGCAGCCUGUGUUGCCCAGCUAUUCUACGCUAGACUUUCGGACAUUUUCGGCAGAGUCGAGCUCCUUUUUGUCGCAAUUGUGCUGUAUGUUGUUGGUACAAUUAUUGAGUCUCAGGCGUACGAUGUUACCAGGUUUGCUGCGGGAGCCAUUCUGUACCAGUUCGGAUACUCUGGAGUCAUUGUCCUGUUGCAAAUUAUUUCCGCUGACUUCUCGAACAUGAACUGGAGGGUGCUUGCUUCCUUUGUUGCAGCCCUGCCAUUUGUGAUCAAUACAUGGAUCUCUGGUAACGUGACUUCAGCAGUUUUGGGCUCGAGAAGCUGGUCUUGGGGUAUUGGUAUGUGGGCCUUUAUUUUUCCGCUGGCCUGUAUUCCAUUGAUUCUCUGCUUCAUGCACAUGCACUACCUCGCUUACCGCAGUGGAGACAUUCACAGACUUGAGGGAGUCUCUGACUUCAAAAGAUUGGGUUUCAAGCGUUUCAUCGUUGAGACAUUUUUCUGGAAAAUUGACCUGAUUGGUCUGCUUUCCUUGAUGCUCAGUCUUGGUCUCAUUCUGACCCCAUUCACCCUUGCCGGAGGAGUCAAGAGGGAAUGGCAGAAGGCUAAAGUCAUCGCACCGUUGGUCAUUGGUUUCUGCCUGUUGCCAUUUUUCUUCCUUUGGGAAGCUAAAUUCGCAAGACACCCAUUCCUUGAGGCUAAGUACAUGAAGGACAGAUCUGUGUGGGGAGCCUUGAUGAUCGCCAUUUUCAUUGAUAUGGUUUGGUACAUGCAAGGUGACUACUUGUACACUGUUGUUUUGGUUGGCUUCAACCAGUCCAUCAAGUCUGCUACCAGAAUCACCAGUCUUUACUCUUUCGUCUCGGUGAUCACGGGAACUAUCCUCGGAUUUGCUAUCGCAUACAUCAGAAGACUGAAGGCCUUUAUUAUCUUUGGUAUUGCUAUGUGGUUUAUUGCCAUGGGAUUGAUGGUCAAAUACAGAGGAGGAGACGGCACCAAGGAUGGUUUGAUCGGUGCUCAAUGUCUUUUUGGUUUUGGUGCAGGUUUCUUCACCUACGUCACUCAGGCCUCCAUUCAGACUGUCACAGACCACGAACAUAUGGCCUCGCUGUUGUCUCUGUACCUCUGUCUUUACUAUGUUGGUUCUGCUCUGGGUGGUUCUAUUUCAGGAGCCAUUUGGACCCAGCUGUUGCCAAGAGAAAUUUACAAGCGGAUCUCCAAUACCACCGAGGCAGCCGCUGCUUAUGGAUCUCCGCUGACGUGGAUCUAUCAACAUCCUUGGGGAGAUCCUGACAGAAUGGCCUUGGUCGCUUCUUACAGAUACGUUCAGAAGAUUCUGGUCGUUGUUGGACUCUGCUUCUGUAUUCCGCUGCUUGGUUUCGCAUUCCUUCUGAAAGAUCCUAAGCUCGAGAGUGUUCAGAGUUUGAAAGAUGCUCAUCCUGACGACAGCGAAGAGGAGGAGCAUGUUAACUCAAAGGCUACAGCUUGA